CUCUUGAUCGCCAGAGGUGUCGCUCUGUUUGCUGGUGAUGUGUGUGUCCUUGGAAAUCAACACUAAAGUCUUCAGCGACCGUUCACAACAUAUUGUGCACUUUGAAUGAUGACAGUACAGGUAAACAGUAUUGACGAUUUAAGGUCAGCAGACGUGUAGUUUUGAUGUGACAUGUCGGGUGAUAAGAAACCGAAGCUAUGCCCAGCCUCCGACAUGCAGGAUACAGGGGAUAGGGAAAUCGGUACCCCCAGUGCUACUGCCGGCAUCCCCCAAUUGGCGGAUGGACCAGAGCUUCACAGUUCUACUGACUUCAAACUGGGACCUAUGGCUCAACCUCCUUACCAAGGCCAUCAAAAAAUCCUGCAUAAGGUGACGUCUGACACAGUUUCAGUGUCAGGUGAGCCAACACAGUUGGACGGGACAUGUACACUGGCUAAGAAUGAUAUUUUUCAAGACGGCCCAGUUGACCGGGAGCAGCACAUGUCAACUGAAUGGACACAGGCACCAGUGCCUCAGCAGUUUCAUCCAUAUCUUCAUCCACAGAUGACCGGAACUUUUCCAAUGACUUAUCAAGGGGAUCAGUAUCCCGAUGGGUUCUCAACAGGCCAAGAGUGUUCUCCAUACCAGAAAUACCAACUUCAGUCAGAAACAAGUUCUCUCCAACCGCCGAAUCCUAUGAUGCCCCAGGGCCAAGUGACGAUUUUGCAACACUUCUUUGAUAAAGCUAAUGUUUACGAAGCUAAAGAUGUUCAAGGCCCAAGUUACCAAAUAGGUGAAUCUCCAUUGAUUAACAUCAUAGAAUCUACAAAAGCAUUCAUAAAGAGCUAUGACAUGUCAUCACAUGUAUCAACAUUUGUAGAAAGAUCUGCCUUAAGGAUGAUGAAGAGACUCUAUUUUAAUGGUUCUCUCUUUAUCAAGGGAAGACAUGGCACUGGUAAAACUAGACUUGGUGUCCACCUUCUUGCAAAGCUAUCUAAAGAAUCGAAAAGGACACCACUAGUUCUGACUUCAGCACUCGACUGGCACUUAAUUCCGAAAACCAAAAGCCACUCUGAAAAGGGCCAGAGGAAAUUCAUUGUGAUGAUUGACGACAUGUUUGGCACCAGUCACUUGUCCAAAGCAGCACUUGAUGAGUGGGAGAAGCUGUUUGACCUUAUGUGGCCAACGGUUGAGUCAGGGCAAAUAUGUUUGAUAGUGACUUCACAAACUGACAUCUUCUCAAAGUGUAAAUGUCGUGUAUCGAAGUACAAGCUAAUGAAACGCAUGACCAUGUUAGAUCUAGACGGAAAAUAUGCUCUACGUCCCAAGGAGAAAACGAAGUUAUUUUCGAAACAAUGUGGGCGACUAAAUUUGAAAAAGGAAGAGAUACAGGAGAUAGUGGACACAAAAACAUGUGUGGGUUUUCCCAGAUGCUGUGAGCUAUUUUCUAAGAGAGUGAAAGUCAAGAAGGGAACAUCAUAUGGCUAUGCAUAUGAUUUCCUUACAACUGAUGUCUCAAUGCUGAAAGACAAUGAUCAACUUGGAUACUUAGUUCUCCUGCUUAUAUUGAUGAAAGGAAGUCUUGAUGCCAAGAUGCUCGACAACCCACCUAGGGAAUUGAAGAAUCUAAUUGAUGAUCUUAGUGACACAUGCGUAUCAUUGGAUCGUGUGCCGAACUGUAGAAGCAUCAAGGAUAAGGCAAAUGAACUCUCUGGCACCUACCUCAAGAAGAGGAAAAACAUCUUUGAAUUUGAACAUAUAGCAAUUUCUGAUUUUGUGUUCCUCGAUGCUGCAAAAACACAUCUGAAAAUGUUCCUUGACGAGUGUUCUGUUGAUGUACUUGUUAAGUUUGUCAGAGUUGCAAGGUCAGACAUAUCGCCUAAUGAAGAUGAAUCUCUUGUCAACAUUGAAUGUGACUUACAUGAGGAGUUCAUUGAAAGGAUUAUUAACAUUCUUCUGGAUGACGGUGUACUUAAAAUACUUGAGCACCCAUGUUUUAGCGACAUCACAUUCAUUAAUUCCAUAGUGGAUAAUAAUGAUAACAUUGCAUUGAGGCUUGCUAAAAAAGACAUUGGUGGUUGUAGUUGCUAUUGUAAUAUCUUCAACCAAGAGAUCUUUGAGGAAGUGACUGCUGAUUCGAUCGACACGAUCUGUGAAACUUCAGACAUCUUUCGGGAGGAUAAACUAUUUACCUAUGGGCAUCUUCUCUCAUUUGUCAUCAUGAAAGAGUUGCUUCAGUUUGCCAAUUCAGUUCUGUUCAAACAAGAUCUGGCUGAUCUACCAAGUUCCUUGUUAAAUGAAGCUCUGACCUGUUACAUAUACCACAAUAACCACGAAUCAGUCUUGAAACUAUUGAGCAAGGGAACACAGACGUCUCUUGACAGCAUCAAGGCCCUAUGUUGUGUUCCGCAGGCUGAUCCACACAUGGUGGACACAGUGUUUGAGAAGACACAGUGGAGAGACAUACAUGACUGGACACAGCUACUGUCACUUGCGAUUCAGUUCGGAAACAUCAGAGUAACAAAGCUACUUGUGGAUAAAAUGAUAUCUGAAGAGAAAAACAAUAAGGCUUUCGCUAAAUGUUUGACCCAACUUCUGUACCAAACAUCUGGCUUCAUUCUACAAACUGAAUGCAUAGCCAAGGAUAUUGAUGUCCUGCAUUUUAUGAAUAUCCUUUUGGAUACAGAAUGUUCAUAUGAUAAAGACAUUCUCCUGAGUGUAGCAGCAGGUCAUGCCAAUGCUGACAUACUGAAACGCUUACUGGAAGUCACCUCGAUCUGCCAGGAUAAAGAACAGGUACUUUUAAGAUAUGCUACUCUUUAUGGCUCAGUCCAGUGUCUCGAGGAACUUCUAAAGGGAAGUGUUAAUGUCAGGUUUAAUAGGGCUGUUGGCAAACAGAAAGAUACACUUUUGCACUGUGCGGCAAGAUCGCCAAUGGACAGUCUCUCAAAGAUCAAGGGAUUGUUGCAGUCAGAUACGGCAAAAGAAGGCCUUGGAGUGAAUGUGACUGAUGGACAAAAUAACACUCCCCUCCAUUUUGCAGCCUUAAGGGGAAAUGUUGAUUGUGUGUUGGAACUAUUAGAUAAUGGUGCAGAUGUUACAUGUUUGAAUGAGGCUGAGGUUACACCCCUGCAUUGUGCAGCCCUCUCCAACAGUCGUGAGUGUAUGCAAGUCAUAUGCCAGUCAGGUCAAACACUCAGUAACGGGAUACCAUUAUAUGAGCUGUGUUUUCAUGAACCAACCAGAACCCAUAUUCUUGGCUGCUUCAACUCUCAUUACAAAGAUCUACACGCAGUGGUCAAAACUGGUAAUCCUAAGUUAGUAAUUGAAAACCUGAAGAUCCUUCUGGCCAGUAAACUGUCCAUUGACAGAACCAAUAGCAAUGGUGAGACAUGUUUGUUUAAUGCUUGCAAUGUCAACAAUCUGGAAGUACUGAAGGUGCUAUGCAGAGGAACAGAGCGUAUACAUACGACAUCAAGGGGAAGAUGUCUCCUUCACGCAGCUGCGGCACACGGGGACCUGGAAAUGGUAGAGUUCCUGUGUGAAAAAGGAGGGGAUGUAAGAAAGACGGAUAACGUGGGACAAACAGUUGUACACGCAGCAGCAGGAUCCAGUCUUGAAGCCGCUGAAAAGUUGUAUUAUCUCAUUGAAGAAAAACAUGCACCCUUCCUAGCUGCUGACAAGACUGGACGUACCCCACUGUUCCCCGCUGCGGAGUUCGGUGACAGGGAGGUUGUGGAGUAUCUGUUGGAGAAAGGUGUAGACCAGAAAAGGCUUGACGACUCUGGGAAGUCAGCAUUAGAUGUAGCAGCUCCAUCUAAUCGUGAUGUAUUAAGGCGGUUGCCCUCAACAGAAUAGAGUCUGCAAUAUUUCGGAAAUUUGAAACUGAUUGAAGCAGCUAAUGAGAUUCAGGGGAAUAUUUGUAUGUGAAGGAGAUGAGAUGACAUGUAGAGAAAUGCAUGGAUUUUGAGGAAAAUGUCAGUGUCUUUGUAAAUUAGUUGAACAAUUAACCAUAAAAUUCUCAAAAUUAACUAUGUAUGUACUCUAAGAUCGUUUUAUGUUGUAUUACCCACGGAGGUGGGGGAGAGACAGGUUGUGAGAUACUCAAUCCGUACGUCACACAUGAAAGACCAUUGCGGAAAUAUUUUUUUCAUUCACAAACAAUAACCAGAUUUUUUCGAGUUUAAUCCGUUUUUAACGAAACAAGAUCGCCGAAGGCAUUCACUUUGCGUUCUAUAUGAGUUAUGCAUAGAUCUAUUACAGAUGUUAUUUAAUCGAGUUAUAUCCGUUUGCGAAAUACCUCUACAGAUAAAUGGUGGUAACUAUGAGUGUGAUGCACCUGACCACUUUCGCGACAUUCAAUUCAAUUUAAUGUGAAUUGUUAAGCAAUAAGACACGUUUGAACAAUUUGGACCAUUAUGUUCGGUCAUACUAAAUAACGCCCGGGGGCGUCCGGAAACGUCCGGGAGCGUCCGGAAGCGUCCGGGCAAUGCCAGGGAGCGUCCGGGAGAAUGCUACUAAAUAAUAAAGUGUAUUCUCUA